GUCCCGCCCCACACGUCUCUCCCCACCCUUCCGACGAGACGUGAGUUUCGGCUAAACCAGUUAGCCGAAUUUUGGUGCUCUAACACCAAAAUUCCUCCACAGUUUUCUUCUGAGACCUGUGGGUUAGGUUAAUUUUCAAGUUCCCUUUCUUCCUUCGCUGCCCCAAAACCAUGGGUAGUUUUCUGUCAACCCAAUACCACAAUCUACUCUCUCUUUCACAUUCUCUCUCUACUCCAUUCUAUUAUCCUCUCUUCAAAACUCUGAGAUUCUCCUGAGUUUAAGCAAUUUUUUCAAGGUUUAAUUAGUUUCUAUAUUUCUGGGUUUGAUUCAAAUUUUUUAAAUUGUAAAAAAAUUGGAGGAGGUUCAAUUAAAAUUUAAUGAAACUCAGUAUUAGAGUUACUUAUGUUCUUUAGGGUUUGUUACUUUGUUAGAGUUUGUUAGUAGAUUAUUAGAAUUUGUUACUCAUUGUUAGAGUUUGUUAUGUAUUUUAUAGUCGUACAUUGGGUCUAUAUAUACAGACUUUCCUUCAGUGAAUUAAACAAGUAAGAAUCAAUUUGCUCUUAGAGUUCUAAUAUGGUAUCAGUUGAGAAAUUUUUUCUUGAGAGUUCCUCGCUGUAGCUGAAGAAAUCAAAGGCUGCACUUAUGGCACGUUCUUCUGCUUCUCGUUCUUCUUCUUCCAACUCUCAGGGAAAGAAGAAAGAACGUCUUUGCACUCAUUGUGGACUUCAUGGCCACAUAGUGGAUCGUUGUUACAAACUUCGUGGAUAUCCACUUGGCUAUCUAACUACCAGCGGUCGCAAUUUCUCCUCAUCGCCUCUUUCCAAAACGAUCAAUACUUCUUCGGAGUCUUCGUCUGUUUCUUCACCUGUUCCUGAUUCUUUGGCUGGUCUUAAUGCUGAACAGUGCCAAGGCCUAUUAAGUCUGCUACACGCACCAGUCCAAAGCUAAAGUUGGUCCUGAUUUGGACCCUGGCUCUUCACAUGUAGCAGGACAAGUCCACUUUGAAGAAGAUUGGCAAGGGUAAUCUCUGGCAUGGUCUCUCUGGCAUGGUCUCUGCAUUCUUGACAUGGCUCGUUCAUCCCCUAUUGCUCCUCGUAAUGUUUGAAAUGUUGUUUGUUUGUCCUUUGUUACUAAUUGGCAUGCUAGGCUAGGCCACCCAGCUGAGAGACAUUUAUCUGUCUUACAGACUGUUUUGCCCUUUUUAUCGUAAGGUUGAUAUGGUUAAUAAUCCUUGUUUAGUUUGUCCAUUGGCUAAACAAAAGAAGUUGUCAUUUGUUUCUCAUAAUUCUGUGGCAAAUCAUCCUUUUGAUCUUGUUCAUUGUGAUAUUUGGAGACCUUAUCAAUCUCCUACACAUGCUAGUUUUCGUUAUUUUCUUACGAUCAUGGAUGAUUUUUCUAGAUACACUUGGGUUUUCUUAAUGCGACAGAAGUCUGAUGCAUUGAUGUUAGUUCCACGUUUUUUUGCUCUUGUUAAAACUCAGUUUGCAAAGACCAUUAAGCAGUUUCGUUCUGACAAUGCUCCUGAAUUGGCUUUCACUGAUUUUUUCAACACUAAAGGAGUUUUGCAUCAAUACUCUUGUAUUGCUCGCCCUGAACAUAAUUAUGUUGUUGAAAGAAAGCAUCAAAUUUGUUAAAUGUUGCUCGAUCCUUGUUUUUCCAAUCUCGGGUGCCUAUUAAGUUUUGAGGUGAAUGUGUUCUCACUGCUUGCUUUUUGAUUAAUCGUACUUCAUCUCCUUUGUUUCAUUUGAAGACUCUCUUCGAUUACAUGGUUGCAUUGCUGAUUAUUCAUCAUUACGGGUUUUUGGAUGUCUCUGUUUUGCUUCUACCUUGACUACUCAACGUUCUAAAUUCCAUCCCCGUGCUAUUGCCUCUAUUUUUUUUUUUUUGAGUUAUCCUCAAGGCAUGAAAGAUUAUCAUUUGUAUGAUAUUGCACGUGGUCGAAUUUUUGUUUCUCGGGAUGUUGUAUUUCAUGAGAAUAUUUUUCUGUUUCAUACUAUUCCUCAUGAUGGUAUUAAUGUAGAUCUUUUUCCUGCUGUUGCUCUUCCAAAAUCUUUUGAUUUUCCAACUAAGCACAUGGUGGCAGAAGUUGAUUUGAGUAAAGAAUCACUACCCGUUGGUCACAACGAUUUUUCCCUCCCUGAUGUAACUACUUUAACUGAGGAAAUUUUGGUCGCGUCCUCCCCUAAUGCAUCUAUUUUGGCCCAUGGUGAUUCUGUACAUAUUUCUAAUCCACCUACUGAUGUUCCUGUGCAUAUUUAUGCUUCUGAUGCACCUUCUUCGACUUCUACUGAUACAUCAAUUGGUAUUUGGAGAUCUUCCAGGGAUGUCCGUCGGCCAUCAUACCUUCGGGACUAUCAUUGUAGUCUUGCUCACUCUAAUGUUUUGGCCUCUUCUCCUUUGAAGUAUAAAUUACAAGAGUAUUUGUCCUAUGAUAAGCUCUCACCUGGUUAUAAACGGUUUAUUCUCAAUGUAUCUACUCAUCAUGAACCUUCUUUUUAUCACCAUGCAGUCUCAUACUUUCACUGGCGUGAUGCCAUGAAUGCCGAGUUGCUUGCCAUGGAAUCUAAUAAUACUUGGUCAGUGGUGCUGCCUCCUGGUCAUCAUUCUAUCGGCUGUAAAUGGGUUUACAAAGUCAAGCACAAUCCUGAUGGAUCCAUUGAGCGCUACAAAGCAAGAUAUUACAUUUGCUGUUCACAAGCUUAGCUAGUUUGUUGCUCAGCCAAACCAGUCUCACCUUGAUGUUGUCCAUCACCUUCUUUGUUACUUGAAGGGUUGUCCGGGUCAAAGGAUUUUGCUAUUCUUGUCCUUCUUCUUUCCAAAUACGAGCAUUCUCUGAUGCAAACUGGACUUUCUGUUUGGAUUCUCGUAAGUCAACUACUGGUUUUUGUGUGUUCCUUGGGGAUUCUGUUGUUUCUUGGAAGGCUAAGAAACAAAGUACUGUUUCUCGUUCUUCUGCUGAGGCAGAGUAUCGUGCUCUGGCUGUCACUACAAAUGAGAUUAUUUGGCUUACUCAUCUUUUGAAGGACUUGCAGAUUUCGUUUCAACAUCCUCUAUCAUUUUUUGUGAUGAUCAGGCUGCCAUCGAUAUUGCUUCAAAUCCUUCAUUUCAUAAACGUACGAAGCACAUCGAGCUUGAUUAUCAUUUUAUCAGAGAUAAGAUUGUCGAUGGGCUCAUUAAACUUUUGCCUAUUCGGUCUGAUUCCCAGCUGGCCGAUAUCUUCACCAAAGCUUUGCUCAUUCUUCCUUUUAUCAUUUACUUUCCAAGAUGGGUGUUUCAAAUAUUGUUUCCCCAUCCUGAGGGGAGGAUUAGAGUUUGUUACUUAUGUUUGUUAGGGUUGUUACUUUGUUAGAGUUUGUUAGUAUAUUAUUAGAAUUUGUGACUUAUUGUUAGAGUUUGUUACGCAUUUUAUAGUUGUA